AUGAACGAGAUUAAGUUCGAUUAUACUCGGGUUCUUGACAAUCUCAAGGCUGUACGGGAGCGAGGUAUCACCAUUGACAAUGCCACGCGCGAGUUGGAGACGGACAAGUACCAUUCACUUUCAUUAAUGCUUAUGCGCAUCGAAACUUUAUGGAGGACGGGAUCCUGGGCUGACUGUGCCCUUCUCUUUUUCGUUUACACCCUUGGUGUCAAGCAGAUGAUCUGGGUUUCCACUUUGGAAGGUGUCUUAACAGCUCUAGUGUUAAGAAUUUGGGUUCAAGGCCUUCUAUCAGCCUUAGCCGUUGGUUGA